ACUAUCUUGUCUGCCUAGUACUAGCACAAAGUGGGGGUCAGUAAAUAUCUGUGGCAUUACGGAUUCCAGGGCCAGCUUUCGGAGGGUCUGAGCGCCGGAUAGCUCAGCUGACCAGACUCCAGCUCACCUAACCCGAACUCCCCAGAGGGCAGGGUAGUGUCGGGCUCCUGGCGGGGUAGAAGCCGUGCGGAGAGCGGACUCAUGGGCCCCGCCCUCCCCGACCACACUGAGGCUGCGCAGGUGGCGUCCAUCCUUUACGACCGGCCGGAAAUCAGAGGCCGCAGCCUGCGCAGCGCUGAGCGGGACCGCCAUGGGGAAAAUCGCGCUGCAGCUCAAAGCCACGCUGGAGAACGUCACCAACCUCCGCCCUGUGGGCGAGGACUUCCGGUGGUACCUGAAGAUGAAAUGCGGCAACUGUGGUGAGACUUCAGAGAAAUGGCAAUACAUUCGGCUAAUGGACAGUGUGGCACUGAAGGGAGGCCGUGGCAGUGCUUCCAUGGUCCAGAAAUGCAAGCUGUGUGCACGGGAAAACUCCAUUGAGAUUUUGAGCAGCACCAUCAAGUCUUACAAUGCUGAAGACCACGAGAAGUUUAAGACGAUAGUAGAGUUUGAGUGCCGGGGCCUUGAGCCAGUUGACUUCCAGCCCCAGGUUGCUGGGUUUGCUGCUGAGGGUGUGGAGUCAGGAACAGUCUUCAGUGACAUUAAUCUGCAGGAGAAGGACUGGACUGACUACGAUGAAAAGGCUCAAGAGUCUGUGGGGAUCUACGAGGUCACCCACCAGUUUGUGAAAUGCUGAACUCUCUUCCUGCUCAUUUGCCCUUAAGAACUGAAAAGAGACAAAGUGCCCCGAGCAGCAGCACCCACAGAACUUAGUUCCCUUUUCCUCAUUUUCUGGUAGAUGUACUAAGGCCUUACACUCUGCAUGCUGGACUUUGUUACAGUUCUCAAGUUCCAUCAAUAAAGCCCCCAUUUGUGCUGCAGUUGUGCUUGCAGGGAGAGUCUGGGAGCAACCACUCCCUCUACAAAUAAGAAUAUUCUCCGGAGAUCUUUGACUGCUUUCUGGCACUUUCCCACAGUUUAAAACCCUGUGCCUGAUCCAUUGCAUGAAAGUUCUUCCAUGUUCUGAGUCAGCCUCUGGCUCCGUGAAACUCCUUUUGGUCCUGUUUUAUCCCUUUGUGUCCAUACUUACAUGUUCUGCCUCCAGACAACCCUUUGGAGUGGUGAAAACACACUCCAAAGCACAACCUUAGCACAACCUGCUAAGUCUCAUGGGUCUGGUUCCUUGGGUCCAUAGAUCCCCACAUAGUGGACAGAGUUGUUCAGUGCACUGCUAGGCCUUGAGAGGAUGCUCAUGUUGUCACACUGGGGAUCCCACCAUUUGGAAAAUCUGUUAACCACAGAUCUUUUUCCUCCAGUGUUCAGCUGGAGCCUGGGACUUUGCCUUCUUUUUUAUCUAAUACUGCUGGUGUACGCUAGGCAAGUAUUCUGCUACUGAGCUACAUCCUCAGCCCUUUUUUUUUUU